UUCCGAUGGCCUUCCUUCAGAUCCUGGAAAGGUGACCCAUUUCGCCCUCUCGGCUUCACAAUUAAGGAACAAAGUUCUUCCCAUUCAGUUCCUUCCGGCAGCCGCAGAGAAAGCGUAGGAUUUAAUUACUGCAUGUCAAUUGCUGCACACAUCUGAGCUUCAGAUACGAAUCAGCGUUGAAGUGAUUCGACAACAGACUGCAGUCCUCGUUGCUUUCGGCGGCAUCCGAAACAGGUCUGUUCCAGAAGAUCAUGGCAAAGCAAGACCGUCCAUAUACGCUGAUCAACGUUAUAGGAGGCCCUAUUGGAGUCUAUGAAGACCAUGUGGAGUUCCUGGAGACACACCUUAAGCUUAUCACCAUGGAGGAAUUUCUUGAAAACAAACAAGUACUCAGUCAAAAAAUUGAAGCAAUGUAUAUGUGGUUUAAAAAACCAGAGGCUACCAGGGAGCUUCUGCAAAGUCUGCCCAACUUGAAGGUGAUUGCGAACUCUGGUGUUGGAGUGGAUCACCUGGACUUGAAACUGAUCUCCAGCUUUGGAGUGAAAGUAGCAAACACCCCAUUUGCAGUCGCCAAUCCCACAGCAGACUUGGGGAUAGCUUUACUGAUGGCAUCUGCAAGGAGGAUUGUGGAAGGUUAUCAAAUUGCACUUUCUCCCGAGACCAAAUAUUUUGAAGCUGACUGGUUGGGAGAGGAAAUCAAUGGUGCGACUCUAGGAAUCAUUGGAAUGGGACAUAUUGGGUAUAAGGUAGCUCAGAGAGCCAAAGCUUUUGACAUGAAAAUUCUUUAUCAUAAUAGGAAACGGAGAACAGUGGACGAGGAACAGGCUGUUGGUGCUAUUUAUUGUCAAAACAAGGAAGACUUACUCCAGCAGUCUGACUUUGUGAUGCUGACUGUGAUUCUCACACCUCAAACACGCAACCUGAUUGGGAAAAAGGAGCUAGAACUCAUGAAACCCACUGCUACGCUCAUCAACGUCUGCAGAGGUCAGGUGGUUGAUCAGGAUGCCCUGCUGAAUGCACUCCAAAAUGGAGUUAUUAAGGCUGCAGCUUUGGAUGUGACCUAUCCGGAGCCGCUGCCAAGAGACCAUCCUUUGUUGAAGCUAAAGAACAUCAUAAUAACACCUCACAUAGGGAGUGCAACUGUAAAAGCCCGCCGCCUUAUGAUGAUCAGCAUGGUUGAAAGUAUCCUGGAUGGUGUAAACGGUCUUCCAGUACCUAAUGAGGUGCAUGGGUAAAAAGUCCUGAAUAUCUUGCAGAUAAAAUAGCAGCUCCAUGGGUUGGAUUCUUAGAUUUCAUGUAUGGAAGCACAACUUCCUGUCUCCUCCCUCCUAAAGCAGCCCAAAUGCCCUCUGAAACGGUGCUUUUGUGGGAGAUGGGAUCCUCGGGAUCAACAAAGGGGGGGGGGAUUGGAGGGCUGCCAGAGAAGAAAUUGCUGCCCCUGCACAUGCAAUUUUUUUUUUUACAGGACCUCGCUCCAUAUGAUUAUUCUAUCUUGUCUUACUAUUUUAAUUAGAAAAAGACAUCUCUGAUUUUUAUUUUCAUUGCAAAACAGAACCUACAUGUAUCAUCCUUUGAUGUGUCAAAUAAGAAAAUAAACAAGCUCUCUAGUGUC